AUGUCUCAUAAUGUAGAACAACCUAAUAACCCAAGAAUUCCUAGCGCAAUCCAAGUGCCUGAAGGGAACGAAUUUAAAUUUUUACUUUACGCUUUGGGUUUAAACGUAUACGUUUGCAAUACAACUACUCCAGAAUGGGUUUUCACUAGGGCAAUUGAUACAACACUUAUCAAUGAUAUUACAAAGAAGGAAAUGUUUAUUACGAAAUAUGAAGUCGCUGAACAUUUCUUCCUGGACAAACCCGUAAAUGGUGGUUCUGCGAUUUGGAAAUCUUUGGUACCAGGUGAUACCUCUUUUGUAAUAACAGUCCUCGCCGCGGACACACUAUCACCUGAUGGUACUGAUAAUAUCGAUUGGCUGUUACUGAAUGUAACUGCAACCGGAGGACAUGGUGCAUUUGCUGAUAAUACAUACAUUCUUCGUGUAAAUACUCAAAAAGGAAUACCUCCUCCUGCUAGUGAAUGUGAGACAGAUGGUGAUGAAAUCAGGAGCGACUUUUUAGUCGAAUAUUGGUUUUAUCGUUAA